AAUCUUAUUCUUAGAUUAUUUAUCCGUUCCCUCACUCGCUCACUCCCCCACUCUCGCUUACUCCCCGUCCCUCUCCCAGACGAGGUCGAUGUCGCGGCAAGAGGUCAACCCAAGAAGAGGAAGUUCAAGAAGUUCAGUUUAAGGGGCGUCGAUCUCGACGCACUUCUCGACAUGUCCACUGAUGAACUCGUGAAGCUCUUCAGUGCUCACGCUCGCAGAAGGUUCUAGAGAGGUAUCACCAGAAAGCCCAUGGCCUUGAUUAAGAAGCUUCGCAAAGGGAAAAGGGAAGCUCCACCAGGUGCAGGUGAGAAGCCAGAACCAGUCCGCACCCACCUCCGUAACAUGAUCAUUGUGCCUGAGAUGAUUGGUAGCAUUAUUUGUUUAAUUUUGUGAAGUUAAAUUUAUUUUGAUAAGUUGGCGUGUUUGUUGCGAGAUAUGGUUUAUCAUAAUUGAUUCCGUGGUAUCACCAUCUAUAUUGAAAUGGUAUUUUUGAUGAGCGUAUUUGGAUCUUUGUACAAGCAAAGGCUGAUUUGCCAUGGGUUUUGAACGUGUUAUUAAUGGAGUUAAUGGAACUUUGACACAUGGUUGGUAGUUUGAUACACCAAUUUGCAAUGGGUUGAGCCGGAUUGGCUACGUUUUCAAGUUUGGAGAGGACUUGAGGAUGUCAUGAACCACCUUGCUAGAGAAGCUCUUCAUGGGAAAUUGAAAAGCAUCAUAUUCCUAACGCCAUGCCAUGCCACUCCCUACUAUUCAAUGUUGCAUCAUAACCUGUCAAUGCAAUUUCUGGAUUGCACGUCAAGUGAAGAGAAAGGAGUUCUUGAUGAGUCUGACCGUUUCUUGAUGAACCCUGUUCCUUUUGUGUCUGAAUAUGCAAAAAAACAUGUCUCUGCCCAGCCACAUUGUUUUAUUUGAUUCAGAAGAACAAAAAUUAAGGAACCUUUUGAUAGACUAUGGCCAAGGCCAAGGAAUCCAAGAGGUGAUAUCUUAAAAGAACCAAGAGGAAUGGGAUGAUCUUAAAGACCUUUUUCAUAUGUUUGUACAUAUAGUAGUUUUUUUGUAUAGGCUU